UUGAUCAACGCGGACGGUUGACCCACCCGUCUUUGUGAGUCGUCUUUUUCUGACGAGUACCCUAAUUACAACACAUACAUAUAAACAUUCAUCCAAGAAAUAUCUAGCUAGCGACCGAUAACAAAGUUAAGGUCAUUAAUGGUGAAACCUGCUGCAGAAACGAGUUCAGCUGAUCAUCAAGAGCCCAAGUAUAAAGGAGUCAGGAAGAGGAAAUGGGGGAGGUGGGUGUCGGAGAUAAGACUUCCCAACAGCCGUGAAAGGAUCUGGUUGGGUUCCUACGACUCGCCGGAGAAAGCUGCUAGAGCUUUCGAUGCUGCACUUUUCUGCCUUCGUGGUACCACCGCCACCUUUAAUUUCCCUCACCAACCGCCUAAUAUUCCCGGUGGAAGGUCUCUUUCCGCCGCCCAGAUACAAGCUGCCGCCGCUGACUACGCCAACUCAUCCCAUUCUCAUUCCCAUCACCACCACCACCACCAAUUCUCCGAGUCUCCGUCUGGUUCAGCUUCUCAUCCCGCCGCUCCCAUGGAGGCUGCCUCCACCUCCUUUCUGUUACACUACGACGACGAUAACAGUAAUAAUGUGACGGAUUACGGAAUAUUUCCGGGGUUCGAUGAUUAUUUCAUGCGGCCGCCACCAAUCGUUUCUCCACGUACUCCUUAUUACGAAGAUGAGAAUUCAUGCGAUGAGGAUAUCUCGCAAGGCCCAUCAUUUCUCUGGAGCUUUUGAUCAAUAAUAUCCAUUACACCAUCAACCAUCUACAUAUA